UGAAAGUCCCAUGACUGAAAUAAUUAUGAUAGUCACCGGCUUAAGUUAUAUUGUGCAUUUCAUCAAAUUAAAACGUUUUUUAAGUGGUCAUGAUUUAUUUUUGAAAUGACAGGGGGGGACGUAUCACCUGUUAUCAAUCACAAAUAUUAAUAUCUGUCCUGAUACGAAUUUAAACCAAAUGAUUUUAAGAUCAUGUUUAUGUUGCUUUACCUGUGUGCUAAUGUUUUGUAUGCCCAUAUGGCAUAUUAGUUUAAUACAACACGAAUCGCUAUGUGGAAUUAAAUUUAUGAUAAUUAUAGAAAAUAAAAUCUAGGAUUUACAUUGUGUUAUCGGGCUUGGGGGUGAAGAGAGCGUAUGUGUGCGUGUGCGAGUGUGUGUGCCUGAAUAUAUUUUAAUCUGACAUAAGCAUAUUAUUGCCUCCCUCCUCCAGAGAAGACUCGACUCGCCCGGUUUUUCUGUCGGAACUUUAAAGAUUAAUGGGUUACUCUGUUAAUGACUGCAGGCGUCAUAUGUAGGUGUCCGGAUGAUUUGUGAGGUGUGGGGUAUUCUUCUGACAUUCAGAAACAAUACACUAUGCAUGCAUGAGCCCUCGUGGCGGACACACACGCACUGCCACACUGACUCAAAAAAUUAUAUUUCAGUACUUUUGAACAGAAGCGGACUAACGGGACAAAAUGUGUAAAUAAAAACAGUCAUGCUCCCAGAAUGAGGCGUUCCUUGCAGACUUUUUGGAUCAAUCACGCAGACAGUGGCUUCUUUUGAUUAAACCCCAAAUUGUCAUUGGGCAGAGGUAAUCAUGUGACAAGCAAUUCGGUCCAAUUUCAACCUUGUCUCCAUGAAUGCAAUAGUUUAAUAGUAGCGCGGUCCCCACACGGCCGUAAUCAGUGAUUUAGAAAAAAAACACCAGCAGAGAUCUUUAUGAUAUUUCACCUGGGCCACAAAUUUCAAAUAAGAGCUAAGUUUUCUAGGCUGAAAGGGAGAGGAGAUGAAUUACGAAUUCGAGCGAGAGACUGGUUUUAUCAAUAGUCAGCCGUCGCUUGCUGAGUGCCUGACAUCUUUUCCCCCUGUCGGUGAUACAUUUCAAAGUUCAUCAAUCAAGAACUCGACGCUUUCACACUCGACACUGAUUCCUCCUCCUUUUGAGCAGACCAUUCCCAGCCUGAACCCCGGCAGCCACCCUCGACACAGCCGGCCCAAGCAGAGCCUUAAUGGCUGCAGCCCGCUGCCAGCCGCGUCUCUUCCUCCGGAGUAUCCCUGGAUGAAGGAGAAAAAAGCCUCGAAGAAAAGUCAGCUGCCAACUUCCACAGCAACAGCCGCAGAGCCGGGACCUAUUUGUUUUUCUCCGAAAGACUCGCCCGAUAUCCCUGAGAGCGGUGGCGGGGCAUCUCGUAGGUUGAGAACUGCGUACACGAACACCCAACUACUGGAGCUGGAGAAGGAAUUCCAUUUCAACAAGUACCUAUGCAGACCGAGGAGGGUCGAGAUCGCCGCUUUACUGGAUUUAACCGAGAGGCAAGUUAAAGUGUGGUUCCAGAACCGUAGGAUGAAGCACAAAAGACAGACACAGUGCAAGGAGAACCAUAUCGGCGAGGGGAAAUUCAAGAGCCUGGAGGACGGAGGACACAGCGAGGAGAAGUCCCUCUAUGAACAAGCCCUCAACAAUGUGUCAGGGGCUCUUUUGGAAAGGGAGAGCUACUCAUUUCAGCAGAACUCUUUAACUUCACAAGGCUCUCCGAAUGUACACAAUGGAGAUUCCCAAAGCUUUACUGCUUCACCGUUAAACAGCAAUGACAAAAAUCUGAAACAUUUUUCAAAUCCGUCACCCACUGUUCCAAUCUGUGGGUUAACAAUGGGGUCGGACUGUGCAUCUGGCCUGGACAAUGGCUGUUCUUCGGCCCUGGAUGUUUCUUCUUUACAGGACUUUAACGUUUUUUCAGCAGAUUCCUGCCUCCAUCUCUCAGAUGCCGUCUCUCCAAGUUUGUCCGAAUCUCUAGAUAGCCCUGUGGACAUAUCUACGGACAGUUUUGAUUUUUUCACGGACAGCCUAACAACAAUCGAUUUACAGCAUCUGACCUAUUAAAAAUACAUAAUUUAAGAAAAGAAAAAAAAAAAACGCCGCCUUCUUUCUUAAAAAUGUUUUUUUCUUAAUGUGGUCAGUACAUAUUGUUUAUUACUUACUCGAUUAGUUUAUUAAUCAGGAAGAGGAAAGAGGUAAGGUUGGAAAUAAUGGAAGUAACCUUUGAAUAUGUUUCCAAAGCCAAUAAUGGGAAAAGAGAAAAGUAGACAUGAAUAUCUGUCGUUUUAUUUUUGUAUCACUUUCGGGUACAAUGUUAUAAAUAUUUUGUUAGAAUAAAUUUCUACUUGGAACAUUGCUAUCGAUUGUUUUUUAUUUAAAGUAGUAUUUUUAUAUGUACGGAAAAGAUUCAUGAAAACAUUUUAAAAUUCACGAAAACAGCAAGUCUGAUUUUUAUUUGGAAAUUUCAAAAAAGAUUUCGGACAUACAAAAUAUUGUAUUUAAAAAUAUUCAGCGCAACAGGCUAAUUAAAAGUAUAGAUGUGACAAAUGAAAUCACAUUGUAUUCUUUUUAAAUUCUUUAAAGAUAUUACAAAUAUUUUUCGGAAUGUAACACGAUGUGGCUUAUUUCUAACAUAUGUAUAAUUUGGUUAAAAAAAUACACAUUGAACAUACCAGCUAGGUCUGCUAAUGAGUUUAGUAACAGUGCUACAAAGGUUGUUGGAGAUAUUUCUGACAUGUUACUGUUAACAGAAUUUCUCUAGGUUGGCUAGUCUACGUUUGAAGUGCAACGUUGACGAUUUAAAUUCUACUUUGUCCUUAUUAUUUGACAAUAAAAAUCCAUGCUCUUUCAAACGCGUGUUUUUGAAAUAGCAUAUUGUGUUUAGCUCAGAGUUUACAACAUGUAGCCACUGCUGAUUUUCUAGCUGAAUAGUAAAAGUAACUCGCUAAACUCUUGCCACUCAGC